AUGACCGUAAGUCGCCUCGAGACUCUACCAAUAGAGAUUUGCCGCAUUAUCAUUGACUUUAUCACGACCUGGACCGUCAAAGAUUUGUCUUGUACGAGCAAAUGGCUGAGAGAGGCAUGCUUGCCGGCCCUCUUCCGCCAUGUCGAGUUUCCAUUCUCAGAGGCCGGAUUCGACGGGCUCAAGAGUCUCGUGAAGUCAGAUGCUCAUUAUAAUGUCGUCUCCUUUACUUACGUAGUCCCGGAACUACCGAAGGCUGAUUUCGAUAGUUUCAAGUUUGAUCUGUUGACUCCUGACAGCUACGUGGAAACAGCGAAAGAAUUGUACGAUGCGGGUGAUGAUGCAGAUGAAAGCCCUUCAUAG